CGACUCAGUCGGCGCCUGACCACCGGGACGAGUGCCGCACUGUGGCUCGAGCCUCACCUCGGGCUCGUUAACCUUGCGAACACAUCGCAGCUUUCGUGAUACGCCAUGGACGACACAUUUCAUUGAAACCAUUAAUGAACCUCAUUCAGACUCUGAACAUUUUCAUUGAAUUUCGUGGAGACCGACUCCGAACUUGACCUGUGAUUGUUUGCUCCAACUGUCAGUGCGCGUGUUGUGCUUUAUCGAUAACAUAACCUGUACGAUUUCAAGGGCACAAAGACUUUGGUUAGAUUGUGUUGUGGAUGUAGUGUUGUGGAGCUGUCGGAACAGGUCUGACUUAGUAAUUCUUAACAUGUAAGUGGGCGUAUUCGAAAGUUUGAAAAUCGAUCGGGUGACGUGCGUGCGUGGGAUUGCGUUUACGUAAUCUUUGUUUACCUUGGGAAUAUGCACUGUGGUGACUGCUCGCCGUCUUAUUACUGAUAGAGGUACGCGCUAAACUUCCCGGAUCAAAAUAUAGUAUGGAUAUAACUCGUUACCACCUUUGAACACAGAGCUAAAGGUCACUUUCCAAUAAUUUUGGACAGCCGCAUUAACCGCUAGUGUUACCAGGUAUCUGGAAUGAUCCAAACUAAAAAACGGCACAUCAGACCCCCCGAUCGAAUGUCCAGGGCGUGGGCGUGAGAUGGCUCGAGCGGGCAUGCUGCACAGGGGCGGAAAAAAUGGAGCCGACGGGUGCGACGACGUGCAGCGUUCGUUGGAACUGCUGGACCAGGUGCUGAGCGAGUACGACGAAGGCGAGCCGCGGUCGCUGGAGGCGCGCGCGCCGAACACGCCAGCCACGCCGGCGACCCCCGCCACCCCCGCCACCGACGACGACUCCCCGCUCGCGGGACACACUUCCGAGGACGAUGGAUAUAUGAGCAUGAACGGGAGAAGAGCGAAGUUCGCGCUGGGAUUCCGUCCGACGGAGGAACGCGAAGAGCCUUCGCCCCCGGACCCGCCGUCACCGCACUCGCCGCCGCCGCCCGAAGAGGCGGAGCGAAUCAUUUCCACGUUAUUGCCCAAAGUGUCACCAGCGAACUCGGCCAAGCGAACAAUAUCAGUAGAACAACGGGAAGCAGAGGAGAGACUGGAUUCCAUCAUCAGCGUCAAUGGCAUCACUACAGCUACACAGACCACGUUUCCGAAAACCAGGCACCAACGCCCAUAUGGAUGGGAAAAAGACACGGAAGCUAACGGCUUCCACCUUCAGCAGCCCCCAGUGCCUCCGUAUAGGUUCGCGUCGCUGCAGCACGGCGCUCGGCCGCCGCAGCCCGACACAGCGCCCGCCUGGCUGCCUCCGCGCCACAAUGCGCCGCCCACCAACCUCAAAAAGUCACCAAGUGUCGAGAAUCCCCCAGUAUUCCCCUUCAUGGGCUUCUCGAGCGAAUUCAACGACAAACCAUACAAUGAACAUCCAGUCACAAUAUAUCCCGGCCCUAACAUACAGUUCAAAAAGGAAUCGCAUUCACCGACGUACAAUAUUCCAAAAAUAUCACCCUCCAACACAAAAAGCUCAGAAAGAAAGAGCAGUAUGAAACGCGAUAGCAGGUCGGACGGUGAAAUGUUAUCACCCAAGGGGAAAUUACCUCCGCGUACUCUCGCCGGUUCUAUGGAGAGACAUAGAGAAGUGUGUAGAGGAUCUACGGAGGACGUGGUUGUGAGCUGUAAGAGGAGAAGUUCCAGUAAGAGCAACGACGAAGAGCACUUUUCGGACGAUUCGCUGGAGGAGUCGUUCCCGCCGCCGCCGCCCGCUGUUACUACGCCUUCGAAACGCAAUUCCAUUGCUUGGGAAGUGUCACUCGAUGGUGAUGACCCUCUACUUACACCAGGGAGCACAAAGGUCAUAGGCCGCCGAAGAAGAAAGUCAGGAGAUCAGUCGCACUCCAGCACAAGCUCAAUACCACAAAGAGUAGACGAUGAUUGGGGCGAGGAGUACUGGCCCCCGCCCCCUCCACUAACACAGUGUGAAUCUCUCGCGUCGCCUACUUCAGAUGCCGAACAAGAAACUCGGCGAGCACAAGAUUUAGCGUGUGGAACAUACGUCAUCAGAAAAGGCAAAAAUCGAAAACAGUUACCAAGUUUCAACAAGAACACGACUAAUAAAUCACCAACCAAUUUACUCAAUAGUCACAGUCUGAAUAGAAGUUUAGACACUGAUAAGUCGAUAGACGGCUCGAGCAUAUCAAUAAGUGGCUCCGGAUCAGUAGGCUCAUACAACUCCCGGCCGAGCUCAGAUUUAAGUUUGCCUCAAUCUCGUUACAGUGUUGAUUUGAACUCCAGACUGAGUCGUGAGCUUAACACUCCAAACUCUAGAUAUAGUAUAGAUCUCUGCACACCGAAUUCUAGAUUGAGUAAAGAAAUAACGUCGCCAAAAUCUCGUCUAAGUUUAGAUCUUAAUAACGGUCCAGAUAGAUAUAUCGCCCAAGAGUAUUUCGGUCAUAGUCCCAAAAGUAGAAAAUCAAUCAAUGACAAAGGUCCUCAUACAGCUAAAGUGCAGACUAAACUGUCGCCACAAAAUAGGUUUACAGAUUUCAAGAAGUAUUCAUCGACUUUUGACAAUAUUCAGUCACUUAUCAGAGAAGGAAAAGUUGAGGAGACGCCCCCGACGGAAUGCAACGAAACCGUCAAUGAACUGACUACGGUGCCUCCCAACAUGGUGCGAGUAGUGUCCCUGCCGAGCCUCGGCGCCGACGGCGACAGCAACAGCGCCAGCCGCCAGGCGCUCAUCACCACCGUGGAGGAGGAGGAGGACGCCGAGAGCGGCGAGCCCGGCUCCAGCGGCGACACCUCGCCGCUCCGCAAGAUCGAAAACAAUAUUAGCGCUAUAUUAAGUCAAGGUCGGGACCAAAAACAUUUUACCCCAUAUAUACCUAAAGACUGGAAUAUCCAUAAGGAUGAAUACUGUGAUGACGUAUCUAAAGAUAUAUUAGAAAACAAUUUCCGUUAUAGUUCUAGAGAGAGACAAAAGAGACAUGAUAUACAGAAAUCGUCGAGUCACAAUGAAAUACAGAAUCAGCGGUCGAUAGAUCGGCGUGACCGUUCGAAGCGGUCGAACAGUAUGCAUAAAUCUACAAGCGCCAAAGAUGUGCCAGUUAGUUUGAUGCGCCAGCCGUCAUCGUCAGACUCUGCCGUGUCAAGCGGCGGUGACUUCCCCCUGAAUGUUCAGAUAAUUGAACAUUCUUACAGACACCCGCCGCUGCCGUUACCCCCAUCGCCUAUUUUAGGUCAUGAAAUGGGCCCCCUACCGCAAACCCCAGAGUCGCCUAAAUUCCCUCCGUUACCUCCCUCGCCCGUGCAGGAGGUUGAAGAUGAAUAUACAGAAAUUAUGCAGCCCUCCGAGAAACGUCAUGUAAAGAAAGCUGACACGUUACCAACCCCAACGAUGGAGUCAAGGAGAAGGCCUUCAGAACCCCCUGCGGUACCACCGCAUCGUGACACAACAAAUAGCCUUAAAACGCGAUCCAUGGAAACCAGCUACAACAAAAACAGAAGGAGCAGUAAUUUCAAGAGUGGAUCCACCGAUAGGAGAACAUUACCGACAGAUAUCGGAGCCAGUGGAGCCAGACGUAGAACACUGCAGCGCCAGCGAGGUGAAGCUGCGGCCACUGGUCGAGGGCCCUUGCAGACUUCUGCUAGCCUCCCGGAGACGCCCGUGUUCGCGCGCGGGUGUGAUGUGCCGCGCACCCCACCGAGGAACUCCACCGGGCCCCCACGGAAUAACACCAUGAAUUCUAUACAGUCAAUAGGGAGCUCUGCAACCCUGGGUGGGUAUGGGCGAGGAUCGGUGAUGGGCGCUACUGGCGUCUGUACUGGCGCCGACCUGCUGCGGCUUGGGGGGCCACCCAGAGGCUGGUACCCUCGCCAGAGACACAGUCCGCUUACUGGCAGGCCUGCUUCCACGGAGCACCUGGACAGACUAACAACGUCGUCAAAGAUGGCGGUGGAACUCCCCGUGGCUUGGGAAGCCAGCGGUGCGCGCAAACCCCUCACCCUGCCGCCCAACCUGACGCCUAAGUUCUUCCAGAAGUCACCCAGGGAGGCGCUUCGCAGGGUAACCAGCUUACUAAUACGAAAAGGGAACAAUGGGAAGGAGAAAGAAAAUUCGCGAAACAAGGAAGCCACGUCACCAGCAGCGCGCUCCGCAAACGGCGAGGAGCACCCUGGGCAGAAGCAACGCAAAGGUUUUUUCAGAAGCCUUUGGAAAAAAUCUCGCCAUUACUCCCUAGAGCAUCCGUGAGGAAAGGCCAUGGAAGAAUUUCGACUUGACUACGAUUCACGACGUGGAUUUCCUCGUACCCAGCAAGAAUGAAGUCACGUUCGAAUAAGUUAGGCCGAACUAGUUUUAGUUCUGAGAGAAUACCGACUCGAAAGACGACUUCACCGAAUUAGACAAAUAUAAUUAUAGAAAAGAUGUAACACGUCAUGGCAGAAAUUUUGAUUCAUUACCUCCAUAAGGACUUAAUUAUCAACACUAACAGAUUAAAAUAGUUGUGCAAUUUGGCAGUAGGUUCGCUAACUGAAUGUUCUCCUCGAUAACUUGUUGGGUCACGGAAACAAACUUUUGUUCCUAGCAAUAAGAUGUGUUGGCUCAAGGGACUCGAGUAUUAUUUUAAUAAAUCUGAUGUAUAGGAAUAUAAAACAUUGUGUAUUGAUUUGUAUAAUUCAUGCUUUUUAUCAACGCAUAAUUUAUUCGUAAGAUGUGAUAAGUAGGUAUUUUAUUCAUACACAUUUUCUUUUUGCAUAAAUAGAAUUGUAGAAAUGUAGAUAACCACGUAGCAAGUAAACUGACGCGUUAUCAUUAAAAUUUCUUUGAUAUAUUGUUACAUAAUGCUCUUAGAAAAAUAAAUAACUAAUUGCAAUUAUUAUGUCAUCUGGGGAAUAUAUUUAGUAUAAUGUACUAAUGCAACUUAACUCAUAAUUUUCGUAUUAAUUCUCCAAUAUUAAUUAAAACAUUAGAGAAAGUGUUGCUAUUUUCAAAGAACCAAAAUCACUUGAUAGAUUAUUAUUAUAAUUGCUACAAGUUAAACAUUUUAUACCAAUCCUUGUAUUCGAGUGUACUUAACUCUUAAUACUGUAGAUUUUGUCAAAAGGAAAAUAAAUUAUGUUCAUUAGCAAUA